UUAAGCUCUCAGUGCAGUGUCAGAGGCGCACCUUCCGAAGAGGCGAAUGCGAUGUUGGUGGGAAGGUAAUGAGCCAAAGAGCCCUGAGCACUCGGUUGAACAAGCGGCAGCGCUGGAAUGACUGGGACCCCAGGAUUGACAGUACAUCAGCUGAUCAAGACAAUUUAAAGUAUCCUUUGACCAGGGAUCGGGGCAAUCCUGCCUCUUACGGAUUACAUCCAACCAGUUCCGCCGGUGUGUCUCGGCAUAGACACGAUGAUAUCCGAAUCCUUACUGGAUUUCAAAAUGAUGAGGGGGGCAGAUAUGAUGUCAAUGGAGGACUUGGGGAAAAUGCUUAUGGUAGGAAGUCGCUGGGGCAAGAGCUGAGGGUUAACAAUGUGACCUUGGAUGUAAGCAGCGUUCAGCAUGGGAACCGUGCUUUAGCCACAAAGGAGAUGAGGAAAUCACAGGAGCGAUCUUUAUCUUAUUCUGAUGAGUCUCGACUGUCCAAUCUUCUGCGGAGGAUUUCCCGUGAAGAUGACAGAGAGCGUCGGCUGGCUACGAUAAAGCAACUGAAAGAGUUUAUUCAGCAGCCAGAAAACAAACUGGUACUAAUUAAGCAGCUGGAUAAUAUCCUGACUGCAUUGCAGGAUGUGCUUAAUGAAAGUAGCAAACUACUUCACGAUCUACGACAAGAAGGGGCUUGUUGCCUUGGCUUGAUGUGUGUGUCUUUGAGUUACGAGGCAGAAAAGAUCUUCAAGUGGAUUUUUAGCAAGUUUAGCUCUUCCACUAAAGAUGAGGUAAAACUUCUGUACUUGUGUGCCACCUACAAAGCACUGGAAACUGCGGGAGAGAAGAAGGCAUUUUCAACUAUAAUGCAGCUGGUGAUGACCAGUCUGCAAUCCAUUUUGGAAAAUGUGGACACUCCAGAGCUACUGUGCCAGUGUGUGAAAUGCAUUUUAUUGGUGGCGCGUUGCUACCCCCAUAUCUUUAGUACCAACUUUAGGGAUACUGUCGAUAUACUUGUUGGAUGGCAUAUAGAUCACACCCAAAAACAUUCCCUUACACAGCAAGUCUCGGGUUGGCUACAGUGUUUGGAACAGUUCUGGGUUGCAGACCUUGGAUUUUCCACAACGCUUCUGGGGCAGUUUCUGGAAGAUAUGGAGGCUUAUGCAGAGGAUCUUAGUCAUGUGGCUUCUGGGGAAUCUGUUGAUGAGGAUAUUCCCCCUCCUUCAGUGUCUCUACCAAAAUUAGCAGCCCUGUUAAGGGUGUUCAGUACUGUGGUGAGAAGUAUUGGGGAACGUUUCAGCCCAAUCAGAGGACCUCCAAUCACUGAGGCCUAUGUCACUGAUGUCCUUCUCAGAGUUGUGAAUUGUGUGACCACAGCAAAGCAAGUUUUCUUUUCUGAGGCAGUAUUGACGGCUGCAAAUGAGUGUGUCUGUGUUCUGCUGGGCAGCAUGGACUCUGAUAUAGCCAAACACUGUGAUAUGACCAUUGCAUAUGGGUUGGACCAGAUGGAUGGUUGUCAGAUGUUUGGUGCUGAAUAUAUCAUCUCAGUGUUAAAUUUGCUGACCUUGAUAGUGGAACAAAUAAAUACAAAAUUGCCAGCAACAUUCGUAGAAAGGUUGUUUUCACCAGAUUCCAAGUUGCUUCAGCUUCGAUUUCACAGAGAAAAGGAGGUUGUUUCAGCAGCACAAUUUGUGUAUCAAGCUGUGCUAAGUUUAAAGAAUAUUCCUGUAUUAGAGGCGGCUUACAAGCUCAUCCUGGGAGAAAUGACCUGUGCUCUGAACAGUCUCCUUCAAGAACUGGCUCUUCCUCUGGCCUGUUCAGAAAUACAGCAUGAAGCUUUCAAGGACAUAACAUUCAAGGACGACAGUGCAGAAUUCAUAAUCGUAUUUGAUUUAAGUGCCCUUACUACAAUUGGGAAUGCAAAAAAUUCCUUAAUCGGAAUGUGGGCUCUUUCCCCAACUGUGUUCGCCCUACUCAGUGAUAACCUUACUGUUGUUCAUGCUGACCUUGCUGUUCAUUAUCCUGCCAUCCAGUAUGGAAUCCUGUAUACACUGUAUUCCCAUUGCACAAGGCACGACCACUUCAUAUCCAGCAGUCUUAGUUCAUCAUCCCCUUCUCUUUUUGAUGGUGCUGUUAUCAGUACAGUCACCAUGGCAACAAAGAAACAUUUUCCCAUCAUACUCAAUGUUUUAGGAACGUUGCUCAGUAAAGAUCUUUUGAACCAAGAUGCAAGGAAAUUGUUACUGACCUGGGCAUUAGAAAUCACCAUUCUAAUGAAGAAAUCGGAGACCUAUGCUCCCCUGUUUACAAUACCAUCCUUUCACAAGUUCUGCAAAGGGUUGUUGUUGAAUGCUCUCCACGAAGACUCUUCCAUCUGUUUGCAAGCAUGCAGCAGUCUGCAAAUGGUUUCUUCUUCAUUGCCAAAUGACCUGUUGCGGAGAUGUGUCGACGUGUGUCGUGUACAGCUGGUGCACUGUGGAAUUCGUGUUAGGCAGGCGUUUGGAAAACUUCUGAAGACUGUUCCUCUAGAUAUAACUUUAAGUAACACCCACCACACAGAGGUACAAGGAAUCUCGUUGGCUAUAAGUACUCACAUGAGUAAAGCUCCGAAUAACACGUUUCAUCCUCAGGACUUCUCGGAUCUUAUUAGUUUCAUUUUAUAUGGAAGCUGUCACAGAAUUGGCAAGGAUCAUUGGCUGGAGAGACUGUUUCACAGUUGUCAGAGACUGGACAAACCUGAACAAUCCUCUAUUCCUCGAAAUCUGUUGAAAACGGAGGCUGUGCUGUGGCAGUGGGCAGUUUGGGAAGCAGCACAAUUCACAGUUCUUUCAAAGCUACGAACACCUUUGGGCAGAGCACAAGAUACAUUUCAGACUAUUGAAGGUAUUAUUAGGAGCCUGGCUGCUCACACUCUGAACCCUGAUCAUGAUGUAAGCCAGUGGACUGUUGCAGACAACGAUGAUGGACAUAGCAGUAACCAGCUGAGACUUAUUCUUCUUCUACAGUAUUUAGAAAACCUUGAGAAGCUGAUGUACAAUGCAUACGAAGGAUGUGCCAAUGCACUCAUGGCACCACCCAAGGUUAUUCGGACAUUUUUCUACACAAAUCGUCAGACGUGUCAAGAUUGGUUGACAAGGAUUCGUGUGGCUAUCAUGCGGGUUGGUUUGCUGGCUGGACAGCCAGCUGUGACAGUCAGGCAUGGGUUUGAUUUGUUGACGGAGAUGAAGAACAAUGUGACUCAGGGAAAUGAAAUUGAAGUGACUGUUAUGAUGAUUGUGGAAGCGCUGUGUGAGCUGAAUUGUCCCGAAGCUAUACAGGGAAUGGCUGUCUGGUCUUCAGCAGUACUUGGAAAGAGUCUCUUGUGGAUAAACUCUGUAGCACAACAAGCAGAAGGGAGGUUUGAAAAGGCAGCAACUGAAUAUCAGGAGCAAUUGUGUGCCAUGACUGGAGUAGACUGCAGCAUCAAAGGCCUUGAUAAAACCCUUCUCAAAUUAGCCAAUGCUGGCGGUAGUAAUACUGCCAGUCCAAAGCAUUCAGGCAAUGCUGAUGGCAAGAAGACUGUUCUUACCAAACCCAGUGAUGCCUCCCCAGAAGUCGGGAACUAUUUGGCAAAUAAAGCUUGUGAAUGUUACAUUUCAUUGUCUGAUUGGCCAGCUGUGCAGGAAUGGCAGAAUAGCAUCCUAGGUUUGAAGAAAACUGUAAAUGGAUCGUCCAUCCAAUUGAAAGCUGACUUCAACUACAUCAGAGCCCUCAGUAGCUUUGAAUGUGGGGAUUUCCCUGCAUGUCAGGAGCAGCUCGAGCUAUUGCCUGGAGAAGACAUUAACUUUAUCAAUGGAGCCUCUAAAGACAAAUUAGACAUGAAAAAGCUUCUUCCCAAUGUGCUGAGCCCUGACCCUAGGGAGCUUCAGAAAGCCAUUGAGGUUCAGCUAAUGAGAAGUGCGGUGUGUUUUUCUUCCACUAUUAACCAAGCAGAGCAGGAAAAGAAACUCCAAACCAGUACUGAGAAUACAGUCAGAUAUCUGAAACAGAUGGCGCGCAUUGCUGUUGGACCACUAAGAUUAUCUACAUUAUCGAUGGCUGGAUCACUGCCGAUGCUAAGCACUCUACAGUUGUACUGUUCAACUGCACUUGAGAAUACUGUGACAAACAAGCUAUCAACAGAGGAUUGUCUUCUGCCACUGUAUAGUGAAGCUCUAGAAUCCUGUAAGCAACACGAUGUCCGCCCAUGGCUUCAAGCGUUGAGAUAUACAGUAUACCAAGCUCGUAUAGCUGAAAAAUUAAGAGGGGUCAGCACUUCAGUUAAUGGGCAUCUCAUGGAACUUGGGCUGACAGCUGUUAAAUUUGCUCGCAAACGGGGAAAUGUGUUUUUGGCAACCAGGCUCCUCGCACAGUGCAGUGAGACUUCAUUGGGAGAUACCAUCACCGCUCAAGAUUUGGUCCAUCUUUUUAAACAAAUCUCAUUGCAAGGCACCGUGAAUGAAAAGUGGGGACCAGAACUUGAUAUUGAAAAGGCAAAGCUGUUAUACACUGCAGGUCAGUCUACGCAUGCCAUGGAAAUGCUGAGUUCUUGUGCCAUAGCUUAUUGUAGAUCUGCCAAAGCGGAAUCUGCAGUUGCCAAGUCGAUCCUAACGUUGACCAAGUGGAUUCAAGCAGAAUGGAAAGAAAUGUCUUCCCAGCUAAAGCAAGUCUUUAGGGCUCAACAGCAGAAAUCGAUUGCCGGCCUCUUGACUCUGUCUAAAAACAUACAUACGUUGGCUGAAAUGACCACUCCUAGUUUAGUCCCAGAGGAAGGGGCUUGUCCAAAAAUAUUAGCUGAAUCAACUGUCAACAUUGGUGUUGGAGAACCCGAUUUCAUUUUGGGGCAAUUGUAUCAUCUGUCAGCAGUUCAGGCCCCGGAAAUAGCCAAGUCUUGGGCAUCGCUGGCCAGUUGGGCCUACAGAUGGGGCAGGAAGGUAGUUGACAAUGCCAGCCAAGGCGAAGGCAUUCCUCUUCUGGCUCGAGAGAAGGCAGAAGUUCAAAAUCUACUCCCAGAAAAUGUGUCCGAAGAAGACAAGGAAGCUAUUUAUGGAAUUUUAGGGCAGGCUAUGUGCAGACCAACAGGCAUUCAGGAUGAAGAUAUGGCCCUGCAGAUCACUGAAAAUGACGAUGAGGAAGAUGACAUGGUAGAGGUUAUCUGGCGACACCUCCUGACCAGCUGCCCAUGGCUUGCUGACCAUGAUGACGGUGUGGUCGAGGGAUUAAUCGAAACGUGGAGAAAAGUUGUAGACCGGAUAUUCAACCUUUACAAGCUGUCUUGUAAAGCAUACUUUACUUUUCUCAAACUGAAUGCUGGUCAGGUUCGUGCGGACACUGAAGAUCCUAAGAUGCCUAAUACAUCCACCAAGCAAAGCAACGACGAUGUCAUUGUCAUGGCAACUUUAAGAUUGCUCAGAUUAUUAGUGAAGCACGCUGGAGAACUUAGACAAGGCCUAGAGCAUGGUCUGGCGACUACACCCACUGCUCCUUGGAGAGGUAUUAUUCCACAACUGUUCUCGCGUUUGAAUCACCCUGAGGUUUAUGUGCGUCAAAGCAUCUGCAAUCUACUGUGCCGUGUGGCUCAGGACUCUCCUCACCUUAUCUUAUAUCCUGCAAUCGUUGGCUCAAUCUCACUGAGUUGUGAAUCUCAGACUUCCGGAGGCAAACUGUCAUCUGCAAUUCCUACCCUGCUGAGUAACAUUCAGGCUGACGGUCUCUCUGGAGGCGAGUGUGAAGAAAGUAGCCCCCCUGGGUCACAGGACAGUAUUAAAGAUGAACAGAAAGCUUGUUUUAAUGAAGAUCAAGCUAUGAUGCAGGACUGCUACAGUACAAUAGUAGAUAAACUAUCAUCUGCAAAUCCUACCAUGGUUUUACAGGUCCAGAUGUUGGUUGGAGAAUUGCGGAGAAUUACAGUGUUGUGGGACGAGCUCUGGCUCGGAGUACUGCAACAGCAACACAUGCAUGUGCUGAGACGCAUACAGCAAUUGGAGGAUGAGGUGAAGAGGGUUCAAAACAAUAAUACUCUUCGCAAGGAGGAGAAGAUGGCUAUAAUGAGAGAGAAGCACACAGCCCUGAUGAAGCCAGUGGUGUUUGCUUUGGAGCAUGUGUGCAGCAUUACUUCAGCGGCGGCAGAAACUCCUCAUGAAAAAUGGUUUCAGGACACCUACGGAGAAGCAAUUAAUAGCGCUUUGGAAAAACUGAAGACGCCAUCAAAUCCUGCAAAUCCAGGCACUAGUUGGAUUCCCUUUAAACAGAUAAUGAUAAGCUUACAACAGAGAGCUCAGAAACGAGCCAGCUACCUAUUGCGACUGGAGGAAAUCAGUCCACGAAUGGCUGCUAUGUCGGGCACAGAGAUCGCCCUGCCUGGAGAGAUCUCCGCAAGGGAUGCUGUGACAAUUCAGAGUGUUGGCAAUACCAUCACCAUUCUACCCACCAAAACCAAACCAAAGAAGCUUAUGUUCUUGGGCUCCGAUGGGAAAAACUAUCCGUAUCUGUUUAAAGGGCUGGAAGACUUGCAUCUAGAUGAGCGAAUCAUGCAGUUCUUGUCGAUUGUAAAUACCAUGUUUAUAAAAAUUAACAGACAAGAGACUCCCCGUUUCCAUGCAAGACACUAUUCUGUGACCCCACUAGGAACCAGAUCGGGACUCAUUCAGUGGGUGGAUGGGGCCACUCCUCUUUUUGGACUUUACAAGCGAUGGCAGCAAAGAGAGGCUGCUUUGCAGGCCCAGAAGACUCAGGAUUCUUACCAAACUGCCCCAAACCCUGCUUUGGUACCUCGACCCAGUGAACUGUACUACAGCAAAAUUGGCCCAGCUUUAAAAUCCAUGGGUCUUAAUCUGGACGUCUCACGGCGUGAUUGGCCUUUGACUGUAAUGUGCUCCGUCCUAGAAGAACUGAUGGACAGCACACCACCAAAUCUUCUAGCAAAAGAACUGUGGUGUUCAUGUACUACUCCAGAUGAAUGGUGGGGAGUUACACAGUCGUAUGCAAGAUCAACUGCAGUUAUGUCAAUGGUUGGCUACAUAAUUGGGCUUGGUGACAGACAUUUGGAUAAUGUGCUCAUAGAUAUGACAACUGGAGAGGUUGUGCACAUUGACUACAAUGUUUGCUUUGAAAAAGGAAAAAGUCUAAGGGUCCCUGAGAAGGUCCCGUUCAGAAUGACUCAGAAUAUUGAGACAGCACUUGGCGUCACUGGGGUUGAAGGAUUAUUCAGACUUUCUUGUGAACAGGUAGUACAGAUAAUGCGACGUGGUCGAGAGACUCUCUUGACAUUGUUGGAAGCUUUUGUGUAUGACCCACUGGUAGACUGGACUGCAGGUGGUGAGGUUGGAUUUGCUGGUGCUGUGUAUGGCGGAGGGGGACAGCAGGCCGAAAGCAAACAGAGCAAGAGGGAGAUGGAAAGAGACAUUACCCGUAGCCUCUUCUCUUCCAGAGUUGCUGAAAUCAAGGUGACAUGGUUUAAGAACCGGGAUGACAUGCUGGUAGUUAUUCCUAAACUUGAUACAAAUUUAGAGGAUUAUCUGAAUCUGCAGGAACAGUUGACAAAAGUAGAGAAACUACAGGGUAAAUUGCUGGAGGAAAUUGAGUUCUUGGAAGGAGCUGAUGGCAGCCUUGAUCACCCAGCGCAUACUUUGGAACGAAGAUAUUCAGAGCACACUCAGUUACAGUCUCAGCAACUGGCUGUACAGGACGCUAUUCAGGUGAAGCUGAAUGACUUUGAACAGUGGAUUACACAAUAUCAGGCUGCCUUUGGAAGUCUAGAAGCUACGCAGCUUGCAAGUCUGCUCCAGGAAAUCAGUACUUCACUUGACCUAGGAGCCCCAAGCUAUGUACCAGCCACGGCAUUUCUUCAGAACGCUGGACAAGCUCACCUUAUCAGCCAGUGUGAGCAAUUGGAAGCAGAGGUCAGCUCUCUCCUACAGCAGCGACGUACCAUCUUGCGUGGCUGUCUGGAACAGCUACACAGCUACGCUGCCGUCGCUCUGCAAUAUCCGAAAGCCGUUUUUCAGAAGCAUAGGAUGGAACAGUGGAAAACCUGGAUGGAAGAAUUAAUCUGUGACAUGACUGUGGAGCACUGUCAGGAACUGUACAGGAAGUACGAGAUACAGUAUGCUCCCCAACAGCCAGCAGCUGUCUGCCAAUUUGUAACUGCUACUGAAAUGACACUACAGCAUUUUGCUGCAGACAUUAACAAUCGGCUCAUCAGACAAGUUGAACGCCUGAAGCAGGAGUCAGGAACAUUACCAGUUUGUGAAGAACAGUUGAAGGAAAUUGAACGCUGCAUAAAGGUUUUCCUCCAUGAAAAUAGUGAAGAAGGAUCCUUAAGUCUUGCAAGUGUUAUAAUCUCAGCCCUCUGUACAUUAACCAGGCGUAACCUCAUGAUGGAAGGAGCUGCCUCCAGUGCUGGGGAACAGCUGGUUGAUCUGACUUCCAGAGAUGGUGCUUGGUUUUUGGAGGAGCUUUGCAGUAUGAGCGGCAAUGUUACUUGUCUUGUACAACUUCUUGAACAAUGUCAGCUGGUUCCUCAGGACCUCGACAUUCCAAACCCCAGGGAAGCAUCUGAGGCGGUUUAUUUAGCUAACGGAGUGUACACCUCUCUGCAGGAAUUGAACACCAACUUCAGACAGAUCAUUUUUCCAGAAGCUCUUAGGUGUAUGAUGAAGGGAGAGAACACUUUGGAGAAUAUGCUCAAAGAACUCGAUAAUAUUAUUGAACAGACAACUGACGGGGUUUCUUUACAAAUGCUCGUAGAUUCUCUGCAGGCGUAUCUGAGAAAUGCUGCCAUGGGAAUGGAGGAGGAAACUAGUGCUCAUUACGUUGAUGUUACCAGAAUGCUACGCACUCAGUACACUGAAUUAAUUCAGCCGAGAAGUGUUGGUGGAUCAGUGGAGGAGACCCCUAAAAUGUCAGCUGGCCAGAUGUUACUUGUGGCAUUCGAUGGAAUGUUUGCCCAAGUAGAAAGUGCAUUUGGUUUAUUAAUUGAAAAGUUAAACAAGAUGGAGGUACCCGUAGCUUGGAGGAAGAUUGACAUUAUUAGGGAAGCCCGCAGCACCCAGGUCAACUUCUUUGAUGACGAUAAUCACCGUCAAGUACUAGAAGAGAUCUUUUUCCUUAAGAGAUUGCAAACCAUAAAGGAAUUUUUCAGACUCUGCAGAACGUUUGCUCAUACCUUAUCAGGGAUUAUUCCACUGGAUGAUCCUAAUUCGUUGAACGGUCCAGUGACACUGGUCAAUGUGAAAUCCAUGUACAGAAGUUCUUGCUUCAGUGAAGAUCAAACGGCUAAGCCAAUAAAGGCUUUUACAGCAGACUUCGUAAGACAACUGUUGAUUGGCUUGCCAACCCAGGCCCUUGGGUUAACACUUUGCAGUUACAUCAGUGCUCUUGGUGUGGACAUUAUUGCUCAAGUGGAAGCCAAGGACUUUGGUGCUGAAAGUAAGGUCUCUGUGGACGACCUUUGUAAAAAAGCAGUGGAGCACAAUAUUCAAAUUGGCCGUUUUUCACAGUUAGUUAUGAACAGGGCCACUGUUCUGGCCAGUUCAUACGACACUGCUUGGAAAAAACAUGAUCUGGUACGCAGAUUAGAGACUAACAUUGCGUCUUGUAAGACUUGUUUCCAGAGAGUGCAGAUACAAAUUGCCAUGUUUCAGUGGCAGCAUGAAGAUGUUCUUUUAAACAGAACUCAGCCCAUGUCGACAGUUACUCCCCCACCUCGCUCAGGCAUUUUGACCAACAUGAAAAAGAAACUGCACACGCUCAGUCAGUUGGAGGUUUCUGUUGCUACAGUACAGGAGAAGCUGGCAGCAUUGGAAGCUAGCAUUGAACAACGCUUGAAGUGGGCUGGUGGAGCCAAUCCAGCUCUGGCACCUGUUCUGCAAGAUUUUGAAGCUACCAUCACUGAGAGAAGGAAUAUGGUGCUGAAAGAAAGCCAGAGGACAAACCAAGUGACUUUCCUCUGCAGCACAAUACUGCACUUUGAGAGUCUGCGCACUCGGACAGCAGAAGCUUUAAAUUUGGACGCAGCAUUGUUUGAGCUGAUCAAGCGUUGCCAACAGAUGUGUUCGUUUGCCUCACAGUUUAGCAGUUCAGUCUCUGAUCUUGAACUGCGGCUGCUUCAGAGACUGGCUACCAGUCUCGAACAUUCAAUAGGAAGUACUGAAUGGCUGUCUGGCGCUCACAAGCAGCUGACUCAGGAGAUGUCAACUCAGAGGGCAGUGCAGGCUGAGAAAGAACAGCAGAUCGAAUCUGUCUGUGAAACGAUACAAACUUUGGUGGAUAAUAUUAAAACUGUGCUCACUGGGCAUAACAAGCUGCUGGCUGAUGUUAAACAUCUUCUCAAAGCCAUGGCAAAGGAUGAAGAAGCGGCCUUAGGAGACAAUGAAGAGGUUCCCUACGAGGACAGUGUGCGUCAAUUCUUGGCCGAGUAUAAAUCCUGGCAGGAUAACAUCCAAACAGUGUUGUUCACAAUAGUCCAGGCCAUGGGGCAGGUGCGAAGCCAGGAACAUGUGGAAAUGCUGCAAGAGAUCACUCCAACUCUGAAGGAAAUGAAAUCUCAAAGCCAAAAUAUCUACAAUGAUCUGGUCAGCUUUGCGUCACCACUGGUCACAGAUAAGUCGAAUGAAUGUUCAAGCCCAACUUCUGCCUCUGCGUUUCAGCCCACUUUUGCUGCAGCCGUUCGCAGCAAUACUACUCAAAAGACUCAGCCUGAAGUUAUGUCACAAAAUACACGAAAGAUGGCCCCGAGAAAUCUCGCUGCCUCAGCAAACACUCCACCAGGCACAACCACAGCACCUGGAAAGAAUGUUGCCCCAAGUCCUAAAAAGGCAGUGAGGGACCCAAAGACCGGAAAAGCUGUUCAGGAGCGGAAUUCCUAUGCUGUUAGUGUGUGGAAAAGGGUGAAGGCCAAAUUGGAAGGCAGAGAUGUGGACCCCAACAGGAGGAUGACUGUUGCUGAGCAGGUUGAUUUUGUGAUUAAAGAAGCAACUAAUCUAGAUAACUUGGCUCAACUGUAUGAAGGUUGGACAGCGUGGGUGUGAACUAGAAAACAGUGGAUCACUCUGGUUCAAUGAGCAACGAGGUCAGGCAUCCACCAGAAUCAACUCGGCCACAGGCAUUCAUAGCCGCACCAUGGCAGGCGUUGAUGCAUUCUGGGGCUUAAUCUGAGGUAAUCUAGGAAUCCCUGUGCAUUUCGGAGUGAUUAGUCAGAAGGCUGCACUCAGGGAUAUGCUUAAUACAAUGGUCUGCACCCCAAGGUGAAGGGCCAACAGCGCCCAGUAUGAAUCACACGAUUGUCUUUCUGUCACACCAAGAACAGCAGAAGUACCGAGGGCGUAGGUGCAGAAGCGAAUGCUGUCCUGCUGAGUACAAAGUGAUUUGAAAUCCUAAAUUCCAUCAAGCCCCUGUGAACAUUUCGGGUCACAAAGUAUUAAAUCCUGUUUGAAAGGUAAAUUUAGAAAAACCGGGGCCGUAAAGAAAUCUAUUUCAGCAGUUCCCCAGACACGUGAUUCCAGUUGGAUAACUCCUUCAAUGGCUGGCUUGCCCCUGAAGAUGGCCAUCCAGUAAGAAAACAAGGCUGGGAGAAACUAUGGACUCCACAAACAGCCCCCAAAAUCCCAAUAGAUUGGAUAUACUACAUGGAACUUGUGUGAGGAAGAUGACACCACCCUGAUAUCUUUUUUUUAAAAAAAAAAGCUUUCUCUUAUAGGUGUAAGCUAGUUUAGAGAAGUGCUUCUCAGAUGCUUGUAAUUCUGUUUACUGUGAUUGGAAUUCAGUAGUAGUUAUCAACCAUUUUAAAUGUAAACAUUUUGCAAUGUACACAAUCUGAAAGACUACAUCAAAGCAUUGACCGAGAUUAUUGGUAAAGUUGAAGGGUUGGGUGGUGUUUCCAUGCAUACACUAUAAAGUGCUUUUUCUCCUCCUGUUUUGUUACUUGGAAAUAAAAGGUCAUGGGUAUUUUUGUGUAACUUCAUCAUGCAGUUUUUGACAUUUGUACGAAUAAAACUUGGAAUAAAUCCUCAAAAAUGUAUUUGAAAGUGACACACCAUGACCAGAUAAGUGUUUUUUUAAUUGACCUCCCCUCUCCUAUUUGCUUCCUUUCACUUGUGUGCUUUGCCCUUUGCUCUGAUCUUUCUUGAUGCAUAUCUUGCAGGGAUAUUUUUGAAUACACCUAUAUACGUCCCUUUAACAUUGCAUUUCUUUAUCCCAUUAUACUUGCUUUUUCUUUCCUUCUAACUUGUACUUUUCUUUCUUUCUGACCUCUCUCUACCCCCCCCCAAAAAAAAAAGAUCGCUGGUGUGUUCUGUAGUUUUCUGUGAUUCAUCAUUUUCAUAAAUGCUUUGGGAAAGUUGCUUUGGACAUUAUAAAAUGCAAUAAAAAUGAUGAAGAUUGAAGUUUCUUUGGUAUAUUAAAGUACAUCCUUAUCCAUAUUGUACCAGACUUAUUUUUAGUAGUGUAGCUUCCUAGCUGUAUUUUUCAUCUCGCUGGCAAAAGUAAUUAGAGGUUUUUUUUUGGUGGAGGUAUAUGGUGUGUGGAACUUUUUUUUAAAAUUCAAAACCCGGAUGGCUUCACGUUAAGUAAAAUCAUUCUUCAGCAUUGUACAGGUUAAUGUGAAAAGCAUGAAAUCAUACAUAAAUGUCACUUCAUUAUUUGACUGCAAGAAUCCAUUUUUGGAUCUGUUGUUCUUUAUUGUAACUUAAACUUGGAUAGUACAUUUUAAUAAUACUCGGAAGGAAGACAAUCCCCUUCCCCUCCACAAAAAAAAACACCCUGCCUUCAGCCCACAUCACUAUGCUGUUCUCUGAAUAGAGGGCAACAAUGCGCCAGACCUCCUUUGGAACGGCCGUCAGCAAGAUGAGAUGAAUCUCCCUGCUAACUUCCACCUACAGAACCCCGAUGUAGUGAUCUGGCCAAAAAAUGUGUCAAAUUCACCCAUACAAAUUAAACUUUUGGAAUUGUGAUUCUAAUCCCAAUCCUCUGAAUGUGACUCCACCAUGUUUGUAGUAGCUAUUGAGCAAUCGGUAAAAUAAUAUUACAUCCUGAUGAAUGCAAUUACUGUUUUUACCGAGUUACCAAUGUGUAAAUCCAAAUUUUGCAUUUUAGGGGACGUAGGAGAAAAAUGAAUGGGAAAUUGUGUAUUGGAUACCUGUACUUGGACAUGAAUCCCGCUUGUGUUUGCGUGUGUUUCAGGCUCAACUAAUUAAAAUAAAAUAUUGUACUGCCACAAGUUUAAUCCAGGACAGAUGUGCCAAUAAAGUUAUUACAUUCA